UAUCUCUCUGAGCUAUGGCCGAAACAACCGGCUCAAGCACUGGUGCAAAUCUCACACCUGAUUUAAGGCGCAGGACGAUUGCACGUGGGGGGAAGCCGAAUGUUACAUCAGAUCAAAAUCACAAUGCUGCGAUGGAAGUGAAAUACAAGGUGAGCAUCAUCUACUGUCUGCCAAAUAUACACUGUCAACAGGUGGUAUUGAAAUGCAGCUCACAUACGUUCUAUGAGGUGUAGCCUCGACCGGAUUCUGACAUAGCCUACUGGGAGCCUAUCAUCGCACCGUUGCUGCUCACAGUAAUGUCUAUUUUCACUCGCAUGUAUCGCAUUGGACGUUCGAACAUUGUCACGUGGGAUGAAGCGCAGUAAGAAUGACACUGUUCUGGAAAAGUAUGUACACCACUGGGCUAAUCCGUUGCUCAUUGCUAUCUAGUUUUGGCAAAUUUGGGUCCCAUUAUCUGAAGCGCGAAUUCUACUUCGAUGUCCACCCCCCGUUAGGCAAGAUGCUGGUCGGACUAUCCGGGUAUCUCGCUGGCUACAACGGCUCCUUCGAGUUUAAGUCCGGAGAACAAUACCCUCAGGAUGUCAAUUACACCUUCAUGCGUGUAUUCAAUGCUGCCUUUGGUGCAGCUUGCGUCCCUUUGGCAUAUUUUACCGCUCGCGAGCUCGGUUUUCGCCGAGCCACUGUGUGGCUUAUCAGCUUGAUGGUACUAUUUGAGAACUCGUAUGCGACAAUCUCAAGGUUCAUUCUACUCGAUUCUAUGCUACUAUGUUUCACUUUCACAACCACUCUAUGCUGGGCGAAGUUCCAUCGAUUGCAGGCGAAUAGUUUUUCCCUCGAAUGGUUCACAUGGCUUUUCCUCACCGGCGUUAGCAUUGGCUGUGUCUGCAGCGUCAAAUGGGUUGGAUUUUUUUGCACAGCGAUCGUCGGGCUGUAUACAGUUGAAGACCUAUGGAACAAAUUCGGCGACGUGAAGAUGCGAAGGGCUGUGUUAGCGAACCACUUGCUGGCUCGCAUUGCAGGCUUGAUACUUCUGCCAUGUAUCGUCUACAUUCUCUCGUUCUACGCCCAUUUUUGGAUCUUGGAAAAUAGUGGCCCUGGUGACGCCCAAAUGAGUUCACUCUUCCAGGCAAAUCUUAAGGGGACUGAAGUUGGGCAGGACAGUCCUCUUGAAGUUGCUUUUGGCUCGAGGGUUACCCUGAAGAACAUGGGCUACGGUGGUGGCCUGUUGCAUUCGCAUGUUCAAACUUAUCCUGAAGGAUCUGCUCAACAGCAAGUCACAUGUUACCACCAUAAAGACGCGAACAAUGACUGGUUUAUCUACCCCAAUCGACAGGAUAUGGAGUAUGAUGCCAAUGGCCCACUGAGGUUUAUCGGCGACGGCGAUGUGGUGCGCUUAAUUCAUGGGCAAACAGGCCGAAAUCUACACUCGCAUGCGAUCCCAGCGCCAGUAACUAAAGGCCACUACGAAGUAUCCUGCUAUGGCAACAUUACUAUUGGAGACGACAAAGAUCAUUGGGCAAUUGAAGUUGUUGACGAUGUCGCUUCCAAGGACAGGAGUAGAGUCCGAACCCUUACCACGGCGUUUCGCCUGAAGCACCCUGUCCUAGGUUGCUACCUGAGGGCUGGAAAUGUGAAUCUCCCACAGUGGGGUUUCAAGCAGAUCGAAACUACCUGUGUCAAGGAAAAUAAGCCCAAUGAUGUGUAUACGCACUGGAAUGUCGAGUCCCAUUACAACGAGAGACUUCCACCGGGAGAUCCUGGUUCUUACAAGUCGCCAUUUUGGAAAGACUUCAUUCAUUUGAAUGUCGCCAUGAUGACAUCCAACAACGCCCUGGUUCCUGAUCCAGACAAGCAGGACGAUCUCGCCUCAAAGUUUUGGCAGUGGCCAAUUUUGAACGUUGGUCUCCGCAUGUGUUCCUGGGAUGAUACCACUGUCAAAUACUAUCUUCUAGGAAACCCUUUCGUAUACUGGGGCAGUAGUGCCAGUCUCGCUGCCUUCGGACUUCUAGUUCUCUGGUACCUUGUGCGCUGGCAGCGAGGCUACAAUGAGCUCACACAAGCUGAAAUUGACCAUAUACAUUACUCAGGAUUAUAUCCGGUUGUGGGGUGGAUCCUGCAUUACUUACCUUUCGUGGUUAUGGCACGGGUGACCUAUGUCCAUCAUUACUAUCCGGCUCUGUAUUACGCCAUACUUACAUUUGGGUUCUGUGUCGAUUGGUUCACUCGGACGGCCAGUGAUAAGUUACGCGUGGUAUUAUACACAGUGCUGUAUAUUGUGAUAUUCGGGUUGUUCUUAUACUUCCGUGUUGUGGUAUUUGGUAUUGAGGGCCCAAGCCAGAAUUGGAAGCAUCUAAACUGGCUGAGUGGGUGGAAAAUUGGUAAUUGAGGUUCAAUAUUCCGAUCACACCAGAAUGUCGACCUUCUUCCUAGGACCUACUGGCCUGCUCCAUUGCUCCAUUUUUUGAUUUAACAUGUCCACCAGGGCGCCUGCUCAUUUACUUGAGCAACCGAAUCUAUGUUGUAUUUAACCACAAUUCAUGGGAGAAGCCUCCUUCCGUCUCAGGUCUCUU